UCAAAACACAAGAAAUGGCCAUAUGAAAGGUUGCGCAUGCGCAGUAUUCAUCGCUUUAAAACAGUCUUGAGGAGGGAACAUGAAGGCAGCUGCAGGUGGACUUCAGUAACAUCAAUGGGGUGCAGCUCCAGGGCACAUAAGGAGUCGCUGUGGUUGAAUCGCACCGCUGAGGCGUUGCAGAAACGAGGGAGCCAAAUGUGUUCGCCAUGACUCUGAGGUCCACGUUGUUUCCAAAAGCAGGAUUCAAGCACAACGCGGACAGCAUAGACUUUGAAGCUCCCCACAUCGGGACCGCUACCGUCAGCCCCGUGAGCCUGAAGAGGGAGUGUUGUGACUUUGUUAUAGAUGUCCAUAACACACAGGACGGCGCGAUCCCGAACAAGGACGUAGAUCAGAAUUAUAUGACUAGUAAAAUCGCUAUUGCUGCAACAAUAGCAGAAGCAGUUCAAGGAAGCACCACAACUGUAGGGGUAUUGUCCCCUGUCAGACAAAUGGGGGGUGAGGGAACCCCAGUGAAAGGUAAACCCCUCUCUGUUGACAAUAUGGAUAACCCUCAGAUGGUUUUAAACAAUAACCCAAAAGACGCUGGAGCAGAUGAUAGCGCCAAGGGGGUUGUACAAGGAGUUCUUGGUUCUGCCUCUAUAGAAGUCUCAUCUGAGGGAAAAUGGAGGAACAUCAGGAAGACCCCUGCCAAUCCUCACACACAGGCCAAUUGUCUUCGUCAGAUCUUGCUUCUUCAACUGGACCUCAUUGAACAGCAGCAACAACAACUACAGUCAAAGGACAAGGAGAUAGAUGAGCUCAAAGCGGACAAAGAAACCUUGCUGGCUCGCAUUGAGCGCAUGGAGCGUCGCUUGCAGCUCACCAGAAAAGAUGUGCCUCGUGACAAACGUCUUUUCCAGCCUCUGGAGCCCUGGACCCCAGAUAAAGAAGACAUUUGGGAUCUAGAAGUGGAAGAGAGUUCUCAGCCAAAUCCACCCACUCCACUAAAUUUUCGUAGUAGUAAAGGCCAAAAAAGGAAAUCAUGCUUUGGGGAGAUAAAGGUCCAGAAAUCAAGGUCAAAGGGUGCAAAGCUCAGUCCUAAGUUAGAGAUGGAGCCUGGGUCGCCUCUACAGCGAGAGCUGCGCAGUAAAGAAACUCCAGAGAAGAUUCUCAGGUGUGGUUCAGAGAAGGACAUGCUCCAGUGUAAAGAGGACCCAGAGCUCAGCUGUCAGAUGGAAGAUCUACCCUUCAUGUCAACAACAGAGAUGUACCUCUGUUGUUGGAACCAACCACCCUUGUCCCCUCUGCGAGAGACUUCUCCCAAAAAGGAGGAAGAGGUGGCCAGUGAGUCGACUCCUCAUGUAGUACAUGAUAUGCUGAUUAUUUUUCCAUCCUGGAGGGAAAAUCACAUUGAGCCCUUGGAGGAGGAGCCCUCUUUUAUCCCUCCUGAGGCCCUGGAUGACAGCAUAUUUUUGAAGCGACAUUCAAAGUUGGAAUUAGAUGAGAAGAGAAGGAAGAGAUGGGAUAUACAGCGCAUCAGAGAGCAGCGCAUGUUCCAGCGUUUGCAGCAGCGCAUGAACAAGAAGAAAGUGCAGGAGUCUGAGCCAGAGCUUUCUUCUUUCUACCCUGAAACCGAAGAUGUUGAAGCUAUAGUGAUUACUCCUUUCCUACCUGUCGUUGCAUUUGGAAGACCAUUGCCCAAACUAACUCAACAGAACUUUGAGCUGCCUUGGCUGGAUGACAAGAGCAGAUGCCGUAUAGAGGUGCCGAAGAAGCAAACUCCACAUCGGACCUGUAGGAAGUGAAGCUUGAAUGUUAGAUUGCACUGAUCAGUCUUGUCCAGAGCAAAGACACUGCUCAGUGGCUAUGUAUAACUGCUGUCAGUUUCACAAGGACAUGUUGUUUUUAGUUGCGUCAACCACAACAGAUCAGUGUUUAUGCUAAAAAUAAUAACAGGUGAUUUCUGCACCAGUGGGCCUCUCAAACAUAUAACAGUGGGACUAAAGGCUUGGUGCCAUUGUCUUCCCAUUAGCAGCUGUUAUUAUGAAAAAGUUUCAUUCUGAUCUAAAUUAUUUGCAUGUGGUAGAAUCCAAAUACAUUUUAUAACAGGCAUACUCACUGAAAUAGAUUUUUAAGGUCCUUUAAGAUAACAUUCAUAAGGUGAAAAAUACAAUUAGAAACUUAAAUCUUCAAACAUCAACUCAUUAACUAUUUUGACUGAAAAUGUAAAUGUAUGGCAUUACCAUACUAUAAUUAGUUACUACGCUCUUCAAAGGUUGAAAAAAAGUCACAAUUUGACCGUAUUGUGCUGUGUAUUGCUUAUAUUGUUAACACGCAGAAAAGACAUAUCAAUGUUAGAUGUUAUUCCUGGGCUUGAACCGCAUUCAGCAUGAUACCAUUAAAUGCAGUUCUUAAUCUAAUACUCACAACUAUAUCAAAGUUGUGUCUUGAAACAGAAAAUAUAUUUUUGACAAAGCAAUUUAGUGUGACAACAAGUGAUUGAUUUUGUUAUUUUAUGUGAGUUGCAUGAACUGUUUCAAAACAGUAGCAUGGUGAAUUCAAGAUUUGAGUGUUUUCUUCCAAAACUUUUUUUUACUUGAAAGCAUGAAAACAGGCGAGCGCAACCGCUGUAUUCAUACAAGUUCCAAGUAAAAGCAGCACAACUUGGAUUCAGAUUUUUGUGUUACAAAUAGUUCAAUAUGCUUAUGAGCCUGUAAUUAUUAGGCAUAUCUUGUAUGCAUUGGUGUAUGAGAAUGCAGAUAGCUGACAUUCAAAAUAGCCUUGUCAAAAGUUAAACAAGCUGUUCUAGCUGUAGUAAUAGCAGUGCAACAUGCUGCUGGUUAAUCUUUGUCGUCACAGUGAUUGGUUCUUCUAACGUUCUUCACUGCUUUACUCACCUGUUUCACGAUGCAAUUGUUCCUACAGCUUCAGUGCAACUGCCUAGCAUACUGUAUGUGUCAGCUGAUUUUGGAAAUACAACAUUGAUCUAUUUGUACAUAGGUAUCAGACAAAUGUACAUAAACAUGGCUGUUAUUUUUUUAUUAUUUAAUGUUGAAGUGUUCAGUACAUUCAAUUGUUCUAUGAUUGUAUGUUGACAAAUGGACAGAUUUGAAAGUUACAAAUUACAAUUUUCAGAAUAAAACGGAUCUAGUCUAAA